AGGCCAAACGUAUACAGAGCAAUGAAUUGGCCGCCAUAAAAGUGAUUAAAUUAGAACCCACAGACGACAUACAAAUCAUCCAACAGGAGAUUAUUAUGAUGCGUGACUGUCGUCAUCCCAAUAUAAUUGCAUACUAUGGCUCAUAUUUGCGACGUGAUAAAUUAUGGAUCUGUAUGGAGUAUUGUGGUGGUGGUAGUUUACAGGAUAUAUAUCAAGUAACCGGCCCACUGACAGAACAACAGAUUGCCUAUAUGUGCCGUGAAACAUUAAAAGGACUCGAGUACCUGCAUUCCAUGGGUAAAAUGCAUCGUGAUAUUAAAGGAGCCAAUAUACUGUUAACGGAGUAUGGUGAUGUGAAAUUGGCUGAUUUUGGUGUAUCGGCACAAAUUACGGCCACCAUUAAUAAGAGAAAAAGUUUUAUUGGUAAGUACAACAACAACAGAAAUAUCAUCAUUAUUAUCUUUCUCGUAAACAACAAUGUCCUCUUCAAUAUUAUUUUCAAUUCAUUAGUUGUGUGUGAAGGAGUAACUAUGGUAAUAUGUGUUGCCUGUUCGUUGGUUGACUGUUGCAUGACAAAAGAACCAACGUGAGGCUUGGCUCAUAGUCUUGUGCGGCAGCCACCAACUGCAUUCCGCAACAAAAAUUUAAUUAUAAAUUGUAUUUAUGGUUGCUUUUGUUCUUUUGCUUGUAUUUUUUUAUUUACUGUUUUUCAAAUUAUAUAAUGAACACGUUAAGGAUAAUUUAAUGGUGGUCAGUUACAAUGUCUGUGUAGGUCUAUAAAAACCCAGUAGUUUUAGAAGUCGGCAGUGUUGUAUAGGCAGUUUUUUCCUAAUGUGAAACCUUGGUUUUGACUGUAGAUCAAUCUGUAGUCUAGAUUAGAACAGUCUUUAAUCUUGACUAUAGAAGAGUAUGUAAUCUUGAUUAGAAUCAUUCUAUACUUUUUACUAAGGAUUAGAUUGAAAACUUCACCAAAGGCCUCUCGAUAGUGUCCGUAGAUCCGUCUAAAGUAUUCUAUAGACUACAAUGUAUACAAUCCCUGACAACUGUGUGGUCUUGUCUAUAUUAAUCUGUUGUCUUGACUACAGAACAGCUGUUAUAUUCAACUAUGGAAGUAACUAUAUUGUACACUGUACAUCACCCUAUAUUUUACUCUAAUCAGACCCUAGUGCUAUCUUAAGAUCUACACUUUUCGUAGGACACUGAAAGUAAUGUAUUUCUAAGUGUUUGGUGAAAUCAUAAGAUCGACACAGCCAUUAGCGAACUACCGGGCAUAAACACGUUUAUUGUCUUUAGCCUACAAAAAAGAAAUUGCGGUAUAAGUAAAUUUUAAUGACUGAAUCGUUUGCUGUAUAAUAAUUAUUUGUUAUUAAUAAAUAUAUUGGAGAGAGAGAAAAACAAGAAUAAUGGAGUAGUUAGAGCUGAAAGUAUGUUUUACAUUAUCUAUUAAGUAUUAAAGAGUUAUUAAA